GAAAUUGAUUCUCAUUCUAAACUUCUUUUAACUUCGGCUGGUUUUCUCUUUGUAAUCUUUAAGAAAAAAAAUGGUGAACUUGGUCUUGAUGAUCACCGCUGAACUUGAUAAUCUAACUGAUCUUCAACCUCAAGGCGGUUGUGAUGACGCCAACUUUCCCUUUUACAUCAAGAUUAAAUGUGGGAAUUGUGGAGAAGUAAGCCCAAAAGAAACAUGUUUAGUAUUGUCUGAUACAGUAUCUAUUCCUAAGAGUAGAGGAACUACUAAUCUUGUCCAAAAGUGUAAAUUCUGUGGGAGAGAAGGAAAUAUCACAAUGAUACCAGGAAAAGGUCGUCCGUUGACACUUGAAGCUGGUGAAACGGAGGAAUAUGUGCCGUUGAUGUUGUUUGACUGCAGGGGAAUUGAACCAGUUGAAUUUGCUUUUGGAGAUGGGUGGAAAGUCCAGUCAACGGAUGGAACCAAGUACGAAGGUAUUGACUUGUCGAGCGGGGAGUUUUCAGAAUAUUGCGAAAAGGGGCAAGCCCCAGUUAUGAUUUCUAACCUCAAGUCCAAGUUUGAAAUCCUCAAGUAAUUCAGAAUAUUGCCAGAAGGGGCAAGUCCCAGUUAUGAUUUCUAACCUCUAGUCCAAAUUUGAAAUCCUCAAGUAAAAUGAAGAAGUAAUAUGAUAUGGGAUUUAAUAAAAACUAUUAUAAUGUGUAUUAUUAGUUACGUUUAAGGUGUAUCAAUUUCAUCGCAAACUGAGAUUUGGACUUAUCUUAUUUGAGUAUUGUAAUUUGUAUUAAUACAGGAAAAGAUUAGGCAAUUGGAUGAUAUAAGAUUCCACAAGAAAACAAUCAUCUAAAUUUGAGUUAGCC